CGCCGGCCCCCUCCCGGCCCGGUAGCGGUGGCUCCACUGCUGCCAUGGCGCCUACCGGCCUGGAGCAGAUCCUGCGGGAGCUACUCCUGCCAGACACCCAGCGUAUCCGGCGGGCCACCGAGCAGCUUCAGAUCGCGCUAAGGGAGCCUGCCGCCCUGCCCGCGCUCUGCGACCUGCUGGCCUCGGCGACCGACCCCCAGAUCAGGCAGUUCGCGGCCGUGCUAGCCCGCAGACGGCUGAGCACCCGCUGGCGGCGGCUGGCGGCGGAGUCUCGGGAGAGCCUCAAGGCCCUGGUCUUGACGUCCCUGCAGAGAGAGGCGGAGCAUUCUGUGACCCUCAGCCUGGCCCAGCUGACAGCCACCAUUUUCCGGAAGGAAGGCCUGGAGACCUGGCCUCAGCUCAUGCAGCUCCUUCAGCACAGCACCCAGAGCCCUCACCUCUCCGAGAGAGAGAAGGGGCUUUUGUUGCUGAGUGUGGUAGUGGCCUCCCGGCCUGAAGCUUUCCAACCCCACCACCGGGAGCUGCUUCGCCUUCUGAAUGAGACCCUGGGUCCAGUGGGCUCCCCAGAGCUGCUCUUCUACUCCCUGCGUACCCUAACAGCCAUGGCCCCCUACCUUGGCACUGAUGAUGUGCCUCUCGCUCGGACAUUGGUGCCCAAGCUCCUCGUGGCUGUGCAGACUCUGAUUCCUGUAGACGAGGCAAAGGCCUGUGAAGCCCUGGAGGCCCUUGAUGAGCUACUGGAGUCAGAGGUUCCCAUCAUCACCCCCCACCUCUCUGAGGUCCUCACGUUCUGCCUGGCGGUGGCAGGGAACGGAGCCUUGGGCAAUGCCAUCCGAGUGCGGAUUCUCUGCUGCCUCACUUUCUUGGUCAAAGUCAAGAGCAAGGCCUUACUGAAGAACCGACUGCUGCCCCCCUUGCUGCACACCCUGUUCCCCAUUAUGACUGCGGAGCCGCAGUUGGGCCAGCUGGACCCUGAGGACCAGGAUUCAGAAGAGGAAGAUUUGGAGUUUGGGCUGGUGGGAGAGACGCCCAAGCACUUUGCCGUUCAGGUUGUGGACAUGCUGGCACUACACCUGCCCCCCGAGAAGCUCUGUCCCCAGCUGAUGCCCAUGCUGGAAGCGGCCUUGCAGAGUGGGAGCCCAUACCAGCGCAAGGCCGGGUUGCUGGUACUGGCUGUGCUGUCUGACGGAGCUGGCGACCACAUCAGGCAGAGACUGCUGUACCCGCUGCUGCAGGUCGUCUGCAAGGGCCUGGAGGACCCGUCUCAAGUUGUGCGCAAUGCUGCACUGUUUGCCCUGGGCCAGUUUUCUGAAAACCUGCAGCCUCACAUCAGCAGCUAUUCAGGGGAGGUGAUGCCGCUGCUCCUUGCUUACCUGAAGUCAGUGCCACCGGGGCACACGCACCACCUAGCCAAGGCCUACUACGCCCUGGAAAACUUCGUGGAGAACCUAGGGCCCAAGGUGCAGCCCUACCUUCCGGAGCUUAUGGAUUGCAUGCUGCAGCCUUUGCGGAACCCCAGCAGCCCUCGGGCCAAGGAGCUGGCUGUGAGCGCCCUGGGGGCCAUCGCCACAGCUGCCCAGGCCUCUGUGAUGCCCUACUUCCCUGCAAUCAUGGAGUGCCUGCGGGAAUUCCUCUUGACAGGCCAGGAGGACCUUCAGCCUGUGCAGAUCCAGAGCCUGGAGACGCUUGGGGUGCUGGCUCGAGCCGUAGGGGAGCCCAUGAGGCCCCUGGCUGAGGAGUGCUGCCAGCUGGGGCUGGGCCUAUGCGACCAGGUAGACGACCCUGAUUUGCGGCGCUGCACGUACAGCCUGUUUGCAGCCUUAUCCGGGCUCCUGGGGGAGGGCCUGGCCCCCCACCUACCCCAAAUCACCACGCUCAUGCUGGUGUCACUGCGCUCCACCGAGGGCAUCGUGCCCCAGUACGACGGCAGCAGCUCCUUCCUGCUGUUUGACGAGGAGAGUGACGGCGAGGAGGAGGAGGAACUCAUGGACGAGGACGUGGACGCAGACUCGGACUCCGAGAUCUCAGGGUACAGUGUGGAGAACGCCUUCUUCGACGAGAAGGAGGACACCUGUGCUGCCCUGGGGGAGAUCGCAGUGAACACCAGCGUGGCCUUCCUUCCCUACAUGGAGAGCGUCUUUGAGGAAGUAUUCCAGCUGUUGGAGUGCCCUCACCUGAGUGUGCGGAAAGCGGCACAUGAGGCCCUGGGUCAAUUCUGCUGCGCGCUGCACAAGGCCUGCCAGAGCUGCCCCUCCGAACACAACCAUGCCGCUCUGCAGGCCGCCCUGGCCCGGGUGGUGCCCUCCUACAUGCAGGCGGUCAGCAGGGAGCGGGAGCGCCAGGUGGUCAUGGCCGUGCUGGAGGCCCUGACUGGGGUGCUGCACCGCUGCGGGAGCACUGCCCUGCAGCCCCCCGGGCGCCUUGCUGAGCUCUGCAGCAUGCUCAAGGCUGUGCUGCAGCGGAAGACUGCCUGCCAGGACACGGAGGAGGAGGAGGAGGAUGAGGAUGACGACCAGGCCGAGUACGACGCCAUGUUGCUGGAGCAUGCUGGAGAGGCCAUCCCCGCCCUAGCCGCUGCGGCGGGGGGAGAUGCCUUUGCCUCUUUCUUUGCUGGCUUCUUGCCAUUACUGCUCUGCAAGACGAAGCAGGGCUGCUCAGUGGCGGAGAAGUCGUUUGCGGUGGGGACGCUGGCAGAGACCAUUCAGGGCCUGGGGGCCGCCUCGGCCCAGUUCGUGUCCCGGCUGCUCCCUGUGCUGCUGAGCACCGCCAGGGACGCCGACCCCGAGGUGCGGAGCAACGCCAUCUUUGGGCUGGGCGUGCUGGCGGAACACGGGGGCCGCCCCGCCCAGGAACACUUCCCCAAGCUCCUGGGGCUUUUGUUGCCCCUCUUAGCACGUGAGCGCCAUGACCGCGUCCGAGACAACAUCUGUGGGGCACUUGCCCGCCUGCUGAUGGCCAGUCCCGCAAGGAAACCGGAGCCCCAGGUGCUGGCUACCUUGUUGCAUGCCCUGCCGCUGAAGGAGGACUUAGAGGAGUGGGUGACCAUGGGGCACCUCUUCAGCUUUCUCUACCAGAGCAGCCCUGACCAGGUUGUGGACGUGGCUCCUGAGCUUCUGCGCAUCUGCAGCCUGGUGCUGGCUGACAACAAGAUCCCCGCAGAUGCCAAGGCCGCACUGCUGCUGCUCCUGACCUUUUUGGCCAAACAGCACGCUGACAGCUUCCAGACAGCCCUGGGCUCGCUGCCUAGUGACAAGGCUCAGGAGCUCCAGGCCACAUUGGGCCUCAGCUAGACCGAGCGGUGGCCAGGCGGAAGAUCAGAGCGGCCCAGGCCCAGGCCCUUACACCAUUUCCCGGCCCGCUGCAGCUCAGUGCACACCAAAGAUCCUGGGCCUCAGCCCACUGCAGUCCCGCCGUUUGCCACCUUACAGGGGCGUCCCCGGGGCAGGACUUGUUAACAACGCAAAUGGAGUCUUGACACCAGACUGCAAUAAAGCAGGCUUCUGCUCAAA